GCAUCAUUUCAUCAUUUCAUCUGAUUCAUUUUGUGUUUUGACGCUCAGCAGCAGCACUUCCUCUAAAAGACGUUAUAAAGUUACACACAUCAAUCUGCACACAAGUUCAACCUGAACACGUUCAACAAGAUCCCAGAAUGAAGACUCUGCUGCUUUCACUCCUCUGUGUGUUUGUGUGGUCUCAACACACAGAAGGUUUCACUGAUCAGCAGGUCACUUUAGGACAGAAUGUGACUCUAUCUUGUGAGUUUAAAUGUAAAGCUGCUAUUUGGUUUGUGAUCAAAUCAUCCGCUCGUCCAAUGAUGAUACUGCGAACUUUUGGAUCUGAAGAGGCUCAAUAUUAUGACGAAAAAUUCCGCAACAAAUAUUCAGAGGGAAGCAGGAGCCAAUUAAUUAUUAAUAAUAUCACUGCUGAUGAUUUAGGAACUUAUUACUGUAUAAAAGCAGGCUGGAAUCUAAUGAUCAGUGAUGGUAUCAGACUGGACACCACUGAGGUCUGACAUGAAGUUUCAUGAGCGUGACAGAAGAAUAACCUCCAUUCAGACCAACGGCUCUGUUGUUCCUCCUCAGAAUCCACUGACCGAUCAUGAAUAUAGAUUUACAGUCAUACUCUGCAUAUGAAAUAUAGCAACAUACUGACAGAUUGAUUGCUGUUUGAUUCUGUUGAUCAGUAUUGUGUGCUGCUUGAACAUGGAAUGAAAUAAUGACUCUCAAGAACUUUAAAACAUGUUUUGCUCUUGUCUAUUAAUAUUAAAAAAUGACUAAAAUCUGUCUGCAAUUAAAAUGUCAAUCAAGUUUUAUAAUGUCUGCUUUCCAAAUAAAUCAUCUUUGUAAUGUUUCUGACUGUUUGUCUUUCUCCGAGUUGCUAAAAUCAUGGGAUGUAGAGGCAGUAGUUAGUCCAUUCAGCUCUCCUGAUUGGUCAUUUAAAAAUGAAAGUAAUAUCUGGAUGUAACAAACAAGAAUAAUUACUUUUUGUCAACUUACAGUUGUAAUCGGUCAACCAGCUGAUUUGAGUCAUUUGAGUAUUAGUGCUUUUGUGAACGCCACUUUACAAAUGCUGUUUCACCAACACAGACCUUAAAUAUUAAUAGACAAUAUUAGUAAUAAUAGACAUUAUGUUAUCCUACAUAGGAGGCGACGUUCAGAGCAAAGGGUGCACCUCGCUGGACACAUCCCACACAUGCCCGAACAACACCCAAAGACAGUUAUGAAGUGGACACCACCAGGAGAAUGCAGGGGACAGGGAAGACCAAGGAAGACAUGGAGACAGAUGUUUCAUUAUACAUCAUGUAUUAAUGUUAAUUUUUUAAAGAUAGUUUUUUUUUUUUUUUUUUUUUUUAAAUCAUGUUAAUGUAAAUGCCAAAUAUGACAACAGGCUUUUGGGCAGCAUUUAUUUGUCCAUCAAUUAUCAUUGCAUUGCAUAUGAGCUAUAAAAACCUGUAUGUUUGAAAUAGGCAUUAAUAUCUGAUGUAUGAAAUGAUACUCAACAAGACACACACACACAUCAAAGUGCAUUCAACCUCUCGCACAAUGUCCCAUUUUCAAACACUCAUAAAAAUCUUUCCUUUAUAGGUUUGCUCAUUCUGUCAACUGUUAUUUGUUCAUUGUCACUCUGACUAGUAUUGCAUUAAUUGUCACGUAAUUUUACUGUACUGUUUUGGAGAAAAUUAAAGACAAACUCACUCCCAAACAUCAAAGUGCAUUCUAGCACUUACACCAUGUCCCAUUGUCAAACACUGAGAAAGCGCUGCCGGUGUCGGUGUAUGGAUACGGCAGAAAAGCAGUUUUGGAGAGAUAUUUAUCGAAAAAUGAUAUUUUGACAGCACUUUUAAGAAACCUCAAACCUGAAAGAUUCGGGGCUGUUUGAAAAAAUAUUCGGGGCUCCCCCUAAGCCCACCCCUAGCGCCGCCCCAGUUUAAUAGUAAUUUAACCCGUGCGGUGUAGGCAACAAUUACUUAAAUUGAACAUUAUUUUUUAACUGAAGCACGCUGGACCCCUGGGUCCCCUUCUUGGGGGGUCGCAUUUAAGUUGUCGCUAGGAUUGAGACUUUAUUGGCCUGGAUAUAAGCUAAGUAACGUUUUAUUUUAUUUUAUUGAAUUAUUAUUAUUAUUAUUUUUUUCUGGACACGCCAGAGGUGGAUUUAUUUUUCAAGAAAACUAAAACGUGUCGCGAGACAUAAUGCGGCUGGACACAUCUGUGGUUGUUUUGGUCACUUUCGCCUACAUCGUGUGCCUCUGCGGAUCGCUACAUGGAGAAAUUUGCCCCAGCACGGAUAUCCGCAACAAUGCGACCAACCUGCGCGUUAUCGAGAACUGCACGGUGAUCGAGGGCCACCUGAAGAUCCUGCUCAUGUUCAAGACCAGACUGGAGGACUUCCGGGGCUUAAGUUUUCCAAAGCUGGUCAUGAUUACAGACUACCUGCUCCUCUUCCGCGUCUACGGCCUGGAGAGUCUCGGCGACCUCUUCCCGAACCUCACCGUCAUCCGCGGUAACAACCUCUUCUUCAACUACGCCCUCGUCAUGUUUGAAAUGAUCCAGUUGAAAGAAAUCGGCCUCCACAGUUUGACCAACAUCACGCGUGGGGCGGUACGCAUCGAGAAGAACCCAGACCUCUGUUAUUUGUCCACUCUCGACUGGUCCAAGAUCUCCGACUCGAUGGAGGACAAUUACAUUGUGGCAAACAAGGAUGACCGGGAGUGCGGAGACAUUUGCCCGGGUACCAUCACGGGAACGAUAGCCUGCAAACAGACCACCAUUAAUGGGAAUUUUGGUGAACGUUGCUGGAACCAGAACCAUUGCCAGAGAAUUUGUCCUUCCGAAUGUGUCCACGGUGCCUGUACCCCCCAUAAGGAGUGCUGUCACGAUCAGUGUCUGGGCGGCUGCUCUGUGCCAGGGAAUGCAACCAAAUGCGUAGCUUGUCGCAACUUCCUGUUUGGCGAGGCAUGCGUGGAGCGCUGCCCGCUGGGCUACUACACCUUCAAGGGAUGGCGCUGCGUGUCCUUAAAAUUCUGCCAGGACCUCCACAACCAGUGCAAGGGCAAGAGCGGCGACUGCCACGAGUACGUCAUCCACAACGGGGCCUGUAUCCCAGAAUGCCCGUCUGGAUACACCACCAUGAAUUCCACCACGUUGAACUGCACGCCAUGUGCCGGUCGAUGUCCCAAACUGUGUACGGGGGUGAAGACUGUGGACUCGGUCACCGCCGCUCAGGCUCUGCGGGGCUGUACGGUGCUCAACGGCAGUCUGAUCAUCAAGAUCAGCGGAGGAAACAAUAUCGCGGCAGAGCUGGAGGCCAGUCUGGGUCAGCUGGAGGAGAUCACGGGCUACCUGAGCAUCCGUAGAGCCUACGCUCUCGUCUCCCUCUCCUUCCUCCGCAAGCUGCGUGUCAUUCGCGGUGAAACUCUGGAAGCGGGGAACUACUCGUUUUAUGCCAUGGACAACCAGAACUUGCGGCAGCUGUGGGAUUGGUCCAAACACAACCUCUCCAUCCUCAGUGGCAGGAUGUUCUUUGUCCACAACACCAAACUCUGCAAGUCUGAGAUCCUCCGGAUGGAAGAGGUGACCGGGACCAAGGACAGGAUCCCUAAAAACGAAAUCAGCAUCCCCGCUUAUGGAGACCAGGCCUUCUGUGAAAACCAAGUUCUUAAAUUUACACAAAUCCGCACAACCCACGACAAGAUCCUCAUCAAGUGGGAGCCGUUCUGGCCCUCAGACUUCAGAGACCUGCUGGGAUUCAUGGUCUUCUAUAAGGAAGCUCCUUAUAGGAACGUGACAGAAUAUGACGGGCAGGACGCCUGUGGCUCUAACAGUUGGGCGAUAGCCGACGUGGAGCCUCCACAACGCGUCACAGAGGGCAACCAAAUAGAGCCGGGUCAUCUCAUCAUGCCUCUGAAGCCCUGGACCCAGUACGCCAUCAUGGUCAAAACCCAACUCGCCGCCUCUGACGACAACCAGGUCCGCGGGGCCAAAAGCAAGAUCAUCUACGUCCGCACCAACGCCACCAGACCCUCAGUACCACUGGACCCCACUUCCAGGUCGAUCUCCUCCUCACAGAUCAUUCUCAAGUGGAAGCCGCCCUCUGAUCCCAACGGAAACAUCACCCACUACAUUGUCUACUGCCAGAAGCAGAAUGAGGAUAUCACGCACUACAAGUUCGACUACUGCCAGCAAGGAAUGAAAGUGCCGUCCCAUACGCCUACACACCACGACACUGAAGAAGACCAGAAGGGGAACCAAACGGAGGUGCCCGAUGAGAAGGGCCGCUGCUGCGCCUGCCCCAAAACAGAGACGCAGCUGAAGAAAGAAGCCGAAGAGUCUGAAUUCCGCAAGACCUUUGAGAACUACCUCCACAAUGAAGUGUUUGAACCCAGACCCCACCGGCGGCGCCGUUCAGUGGGCGUAGCCAAUGCUACUUUGCCGAAUUUUGCUAUCACACCGUCCAGCCUGCCCAACUUUGCCACCACUUUAAGCCCAGAGGACAAGAGCCCAAAGAUGGUGUUCAAAGCCAGCUCCAAAGAGUCCACGGUCAUCUCUGACCUGCUCCACUUCACCAGCUACCAGAUCGAGAUCCAGGCCUGCAAUGACCCCACAGACCAGAGCCGCUGCAGCAUGCCUACAUACGUCAAUGCCCGCACGCUGCCUGAACAAAAAGCAGAUAACAUUGUCGGGCCAGUGACUCACGAAUUCCUUCCUGAAGAACCGGAAUUCGUCUAUAUCAAAUGGAAGGAACCAAGAGCACCCAAUGGCAUGAUCAUACUAUAUGAAGUCAAGUUCUUGAGGAUGUCAGAUAACUAUGAGGAUCAAAUCUGUGUAUCCAGAAUCACUUAUGAGAAAAAUCAUGGCUGUCGAUUAAGAGUAGGGCAUCCUGGGAAUUACAGUGUGAGAAUCCGCGCCACCUCGCUGGCCGGCAACGGUUCCUGGACGGAGCCUAUGUACCUCUUUGUUCAAGACAAGGAAAUGAACAUGAAAAUCAUCAUCGCCCCAGUCAUCUGCUUCAUUGUACUGCUGUUUCUGGCCAGUACAGUCUUUAUUGUCCUUAAGAAGAAACAAACUGAAGGACCGACUGGCCCAUUAAUUGCUUCCUCAAACCCAGAAUAUUUAAGUGCAAAUGAUGUGUACAUCCCAGACGAAUGGGAGGUGCCUCGGGAAAAGAUCAAUGUUUUGAGAGAGCUCGGUCAGGGAUCGUUCGGAAUGGUGUACGAAGGCAUUGCUAAAGACAUUGUGAAGGGUGAGCCGGAGACGCGAGUGGCUGUGAAAACCGUCAACGAAUCUGCGAGUCUGCGCGAGAGGAUCGAGUUCCUCAACGAGGCUUCUGUCAUGAAAGCAUUUAGCUGCCAUCAUGUGGUCCGCUUGCUCGGUGUGGUAUCUAAGGGGCAACCAUCGUUGGUCGUCAUGGAAUUGAUGACGCACGGAGAUCUGAAAAGCUACCUGCGUAGCCUGAGACCUGAUUCUGAAAAUAACCCUGGCCGUCCACCACCAACCCUGAAGGAGAUGAUCCAAAUGGCAGCGGAGAUAGCAGAUGGCAUGGCAUACCUCAACGCUAAAAAGUUUGUCCACAGAGACCUUGCUGCCAGAAACUGCAUGGUGGCUGAAGAUUACACUGUGAAAAUUGGAGAUUUCGGUAUGACGCGAGAUAUCUAUGAGACUGAUUAUUAUCGCAAGGGCGGGAAAGGCUUACUGCCUGUCAGAUGGAUGGCGCCAGAGUCCCUAAAAGAUGGCGUUUUCACCGCUCACUCUGACUGCUGGUCUUUUGGAGUGGUAUUAUGGGAGAUCAACACGCUUGCUGAGCAGCCUUACCAGGGACUGUCCAAUGAGCAAGUGCUCAAGUUUGUCAUGGAUGGAGGAUACCUGGACAGACCAGAGAACUGUCCGGAGAGAAUGCACAACCUCAUGCAGAUGUGUUGGCAGUACAACCCGAAGAUGCGGCCCACCUUCCACGAGAUCAUCGAGAUGAUGAAGGAGGACUUGCAUCCCACUUUCCAAGAGGUUUCCUUCUUCUACAGCGAGGAGAACAAACUGCCUGAGACCGAGGAGUUUGAUAUUGACUUCGAGAACAUGGAGAGCAUACCACUGGACCCCUCAUCCUAUUCCCAACGCGAGGAGAGCCUCAGUAGAGACAACGGCCCCUCAGUGGGCCUACGGGGCAAUUACGAGGAGCACGUGCCCUAUACGCAUAUGAACGGUGGAAAGAAAAAUGGCAGAAUUCUGUCUUUACCCAGAUCUAGUCCGUCCUAACGUUUGGAUCGGCUUUUCCUCUCAUUUUUUUAAAGAAAAGUUUUUAAAUGCGUUAUUUUUGCAGAGGCCCUUAAAGAUACAGAUCUCAGGUCUUUUUUUGUUGUUGUUGUCAUCAUCGUUUUUGUCUCAUGCUACACUAGUAUGGUUACUGAAAACGGACGUUUUUUCACCCAUCAUCCAGCGCACCAUUCGCUUUCUGACACUUUUACACUUUUGCCAAGUUUCCAGACAGUUUGGUUGGGCAAACUGUGAACAUGACUAAAUCAACCAGAAAAGCUGCUUCAGCUACGUCACCUCAAAGUCCACUUCCUUCUCCCUUGGAUGCUUAUUUCCUGUCUUUUUUUGUUUUGUUUUGUUUUUUUUUAAGUGGAAAUCUUUUAAGAUAGUGGCCUUUUAUUACGUGGCCUAUAAAAAAGAGAAGUGUCUAUCAAUGCUUGUGUUAAUAAUUUCUUUAGAACAAUGACUUUACAGUGUGGAACUAUGGGAUGGCUUAUAUUCUUUUAGAACAAACUUUUGUUUUCUAGAGGAAUGACUUUUAUUUUGUCCUGGAGAAUUCCUGAAUUCACAUAGAUGAUUUUCACAUUGUGUUCUGGUGAAUAAGGCUUAAUUUAUUUGCUUUAUUUUUUUUCUCUGAGCUUUUUACUCCUGUGUCCUUUUUACCAGCUGAAGGAUAUUUAACAGUUAUGAAUUGGACAAAAGAGUUACUCAGACUGACCAAUAGCUGCUGCUCUGAUAUAAAGUGGGUAUAUAUAGAUUGGUAUCAGUAUUUUAAAUAUAUUAUUCACAACAUCUGAACUUUUGUACAUAAUUCUAAUGUCUUUUUCUAAUGUCUUCAUCAGCUUUGCUUAUACAAUAUUUUUUUUGCAACAGAGUCUCUUUUUAUGAGCUGUUUUUUUUAUGUCUAACCAAAAAACGUCGCAUUAAUUAACAUGCAGGUCGACUCACAGUGAUAUUCCAGUACACGGAGUGGAGCAUUUUUGGUUUAGUCUAAAAUAUUAAAUAUCAAAAUGUCAAUUUCAAUUUGGGAUAAUUAAUAAUAACUAUAAAAUUCAUAAUAGUAAUAAUAAUUAUUAUUAUUGAAUUAAAAAUACACACAUUUGAUUGCUUAACUCAAGAGAAUAAACAUUCGUAUUUCCUGUCAUAAAUCAAAUUGUUGUAAGAUAUCCCUCAGUUUAAUUUUGGGUUUCCGAGUGCUGUUAUGGAGAAUGUUUUGGGAAUGUUUUGAAGGGUCGUCUUCAGUGGGAUACGAAGGUUGUUUUUUGCUCGAUUUACCUGAUUUUUCAUGGGGCUUUAGGAUCUUAUUGUGAAAGAUAAGCUUGUCUACCGAGGGACACUGGGUUUUUCGUUUUUCGACGGUGGAAAUAUGCUAAUUCGACCUGGAUCAAUAAAGCAUUCCUGUAAGUUAUCAGGCUCCGGUACCUGUCAAAGUAUCCAAAAGUGAGUGUAGUUCUCGCAUGGCGUCACAUAACAAUGCCGUUUACUCUGUAAUUCUGAGAAAGCGAAGUCUUAGAAGACCAAUGGGAAAUAAGCUUCCUUCUCUCUGUCAGAAUGAUGCCGCUUAACCCCUUAAAGAAGAAAAAAGCAGUUAACCUUAACGGCAGACAGCUUUCGUAUGCAGACGCUCAAUUCCUCAACUUUGUGCCUUCUCCCAUCGCCAGAGGCAAGAGAGAUGGCAUUUUUACUGGAUCUUACUUGUCGUCAUCAACAAUGUGCACAUUUCAUGUAUGUGCGUGUAUAUUUGUGUAUGUAUAUUUAUUUGUGGGUAGUUGGGAGGGAAACGGCAAAACGAGGCUAAAAUUCACACGCAAGCUUUUGUAAACAUUUUUGCCAUUUCCUCACCAUAAUGCUCACGUUUUUUUACCGUAGCCUGAUAGAAAAAUGCUCCCUUUCUCGACCUUAUUGGCUUUUUUCAGAUGUACAUAGCAGAAUCAAAGAAAUCAAACUUGCUUGUAGCUCUUCGUACGCUAUUACAAAGAAAGUCAAAGUUUUCAGUGGGGUUUUUUUUUUGUUGCUGUAGCAGUGAGCAGACAUCUAUAUGAUUUUUUUUUUCUCCCUAAAUUACAAGAUUAUCAUAUCUUUGAAAAGGCAGAUGUUGAUAUUUUUAUUUAUUUUAUGAUCCUCAUAAUUAUGAAAAUCCCUGCUAGCUUUUAUUACAGUACUCUAAGGCGGGUAAAACUAGUCUUUUUGGUGUUUUUUUUUUUUUUUGUUUUGUUUUGUUUGUUUGUCUUAAAAGAGAGAUACAGCUGGCGAGGUCGAGAAUGCGGUGGGUUUACUAGCGCUAAAGUGUUUUAGUUGGUUGUUUGGACACAGUCUACCUCAGUAUUUUGUUAGAAAUUUAUUAGAGCCAAGUGCAUCUCUCUUUAGUUGUUUGAAUUUCUUUAACAGGCUUGUUUCGGGGCAGCCACAAUCCCUAAUUCGGCCACUAGAGGUUCUCUCUCGCAAUUACGAACAUAAAACCUUAUUUCCCUUUAGCGAUUUGUUCGAUUUUGAUUUUGGAGAAAGCUUUGAACCCAAAGAGUCACUUUAGCGGGUUGCGUCUUUCUUUUGAUUCAUUUGAAUUACGCAGAGACAGUUUAGUUGCACAACAGUGAGAUAAAAUUAUCAUUUAAAAAGUUUAACCAUGGAGUAUUACGAAGGUACAACGUCAAAUACUGUGAGGUGUGUGGGGAAAACUAGCUUUUAUUGUACGGUACACCGUUUGGCUCUGUAACGCUAGGAGUUUUAAACUAUCUAUUACAUAAAGCACUUAUUUGAAUAAUACAAAAAUUUCUUAAAGCCACUUGUCAUUAGUCCGUAUUUUUCUGGCGAUUUCAGCUGAAUUUAAGUCACUUCCUAAGAGUGGAUGACUACUGAAUCACAGUUUGUUGCGCAAAAAUGCCCAUGAAACACAUUUUGUGUUAUUUUUAUUAUUUUUAUUGGCUGUGUAGUUACAGUGGGCGUUUAACCGUUGGUGAAACAGCUCUUCUUUGCUCGCUGCAAUAUCUUACCGAACAAACUGAUGCCCCAAGUUCAGCGUAGUUUCUUUUGCAUAUAUAUAUAUAUAUAUAAAAAAUCGUUCACUGUUUCUUUUUUGUUUGUUUGCUCCAAAUGUGAUUGUCAAUGUCUUUUUUUUUUUUUUUUAUUCAUGUGUUUUUCUACUGUGAAAAUUUCUAUCAAUGCCAUAGUUUAUAGUAAACACGGACUUCACCUCUGCCUCUCCUUACACGUGCGUUCAUAAAUAUUCUUGCGGACAAUCCUAUGUGCCAUAGAAACUUUUUUUUUUUUUUUUUUUUCCUCAGGGAGAUGUGAGCGUUGGGUUUUGUUAAUCGGAGGAGCAUCAAUCAUCCACUGCUAGCUUAAUCGUACGAGAAAAACUAAGGAUGGACAACUGCAAAAACAAUGCCUUUGGGUGCCUGUCGUGCAUCUCUAAAGCAUUUAGCGUAUUUCGUUGCCUCUCCAUUGUGUAUCGGGGAAUAAAUUGAGCGCCCCCUGGUGGAUCCGUAGUGCCUUGCACAAACCUAAGUAUCCUCCAAGCCAAACCUGGCCAACAAACUCCCUGGACCGGAUUGUUUUUCACCCAACAUCCUCAAAAUACUGGAGCCUAUUGUACAGAUUUCUAGACGUAGGUACACAGGUUAGCACAUCUUUGGCUCAAUGCUUGGCUCGGUUUUACUGUAUUGGUAUAUGUGAAUGAUAUUCUUUUAUUUUUAUUUUGAAUUAAGCUGAACUUGUCUCUUCUUGGAAAUGCUAUAGCUUGUUUUGUGCCCUUGGCAAACUGCCCAACGUCGUACGAUAGAUUCACCAAACAACAACUUUGGCAGCUCCCAGUGUAAAUCUAAAUUAAGAGAAUAUAAUUUUGAUAAAUGACCUUAAAUUUUCACUUAAACCCAAAUGCGGUUUUCUACAGCAAGCUAGAAGAGCAAAACAGGUCGAGAGCAAGGCAUUGUAUGUAUUUUAUUGUUUUUAAAAGGAAAAAGUAUUACACGUAGAGAUAUUAAUUUCUAUUUUUUUAGUCAAAAUAGGGAGGGCAAAUUCAAUAACUUUUUUGACUGACUGUAAACUUUUACUAUUCAUGUACAUUACGGAAUUAACAUUAUCAAUGUAUAUAGCUUUCUUUUCAAUGAAAGUGUGAUGUCUUUUGUUCAUGGCAUUACACUGUGAUUCAGAGAUAUAAAUGACAUCGAUUUUACUCUCCAAACUGAUCGGAUGACAAACCCGUUCGGGGUUUGGCCUACAACGAUGUUCUUUGUACGACAUUGCAUUUGUGUUUAAUUCUUUUUAUUUCAUGUACAACUACUUGUUUGCCAUCCGAGAAAUGAUUGCAUAUCCUUGUCAGCAUUUUGUAUUUGUAAAUUUUUACCCUUUUCUUUGUACAACACGGAAAAUUCUUCUACAUGGCGAUUCAUAAAGGUGACCGUUUGAAUAAACAGUUGUUUUUCAAUGUGAAAAACUGGAAAAGACCACUGCAGACUUUAUUAUAAGCUACAAUCAUACAAAAAUAAAGGUAUGAUUGACAUCUGAAACAAUUGACAACUUACACAUACAGAUGACAGAGAGCAAAUCUGGAUGAUAAAAUCAUGUUGGCCCCAGUUACAGUACAUCAAGUCAAGUUUUGUUAAUAUUGAAUGUGUUAAAUGUUUAUUUCUUAUGUAAAUCUGACAUCUUUGGGGCUUAUAUAUGAUAGACGGACAUGUUUCAAAUGGUCUGGCCUGUUUAAACAUCAAAUUAU